AUGUUCCCGACAUGGCUUCUGCCAUUGGCUGUGUGUGUGUUCGCGGCGCUUAUCGUGUUGUAUUGCUUGUUCCUGUGCACGCAGUUGUCCGCCUUGCUCCGCGAGGCGGCAGCGGCGGCGGAGGCUGAAGGGGAGCGGGGUGGAGAAAGAGGCUUGACGGCGGAGGAGGUGCAGAGGCUGGAGGAGGGAACGAUGGCGGUGGGCGGCGGGGGAGUGUGCGUGGUGUGCCGGGACGAGAUGGAGGGAGCCCAGGCGGUGCGGGUGCUGCCGGGCUGCCGCCACGCGUUCCACCGAUCCUGUGCCGACGCCUGGCUCCAGCGCCAAUCCUCCUGCCCCCUCUGUAGGGCCCGCCUCCUCCCUCCUCCUCUCCCUCUCUCAACCGCAACCCCAGCCCCAACACCAACCCCGGUCUCUCCUUCUUCACGAGUCUGA